UGGGUGCUGUGGUGGAAGAGGAGCUUUGACAAGGCUGACUAGUAUUGUCACGCUUUCCUCUCCCCAGCCAGUUCUGGGGACAGACGUGGUGACCUUUUGGUGGUAGAAUGGUCCCUUCUUGUGGAGGGAAAAGGUGACCUGGUCUGCAGGUGCCUGAUAUUUCAUGUUAACUCUUCUUGCUCCAAUUGAAAUACAGGGUUCAGAGCAUUGGGUAUUUAUAGAAAGGAAGUACACUAGGCCAGAAGAGCUCAGUCUUCCAACAGUGGCCGCCAUGCCGCAGGAAGAAAGGGAGGCAGGCUUCGCAGAUAUCCUUGCUGACGGCAGACUCUCCAAGGUGGACGUCCUGGUAGACAAGUUCAAAGUGGAAGUGGCCACAGAGGAAAUGGUGGGAGCCAGAGGAGCGAACACCCAGCAAAAAGGAAGAAUGAUCGCAAGCCCUGAAGACUUCGAGUCGGUGUGGGAGGAAGGCCCCCGAGUCGGGGACACCCCAGGAGGGGAUUCUCUGGCUGCAGGCCGCACGUGGGCAGAAGAGCUCCUUGAGGGCUCCCAGCUCAGGGUGGGCACCGGGGAGGCCACCAUCAGGAAGCGCCGAGUCUCAGGUCAACUAGAGGGCCAGGUGGAGCUAAGGAAGGAGCUGGAGGAGUUCCCAUCUUGUGGAAGGCCCAUUGCCCUGGGGACCAGGCCAGCAGAGGCAGAGGUCCUCUCACCAGCCUCCGACAAGGGAGGACUUCAGUCGUUUCUUCUAGACUCAACCCAAGAGGAAGACAGAGCUGACUCGAGUGAUGAAACCGACACUUCCUUUGCAGAGAGGAGCUUCUACUUCAACUAUGGAGAGAAAGAUUUUGAAGACCAGACCCUCCCUCCUCUACUGGAGGAGAGAGAAGAGCACCUGGAAGGCCCCCCUGGGGGGACCAGGCUGGAGCUCUUGGGGGAGCUUGCAGAGAGCUCUGAGCUGAGUCCCUCAGACCCGUGGGGCUCUCCGGCAGCUUCCAGAAGCGACCAGGAUGGAGGGGGUGAAGCCUGCACCGCUUCCUGGGAGGAAGCGGUUGGGCCUCCCAGGGGCCGCCUGGAGACCUCUGAUGAGUGGCUCCGGAACGGAUCUUGUCCAGGGGACUGGGGAGAAGCUGGGUGGGGGGUGAAAGGAGAGUUCACCCACCCAGCAUCCGUCACCGCGGAGGAAGAGGCCCCUAGGAGUCGAGAUUUGAUGGGAAAGGCUGAGAAAAGUCCCCCAGCAGGAGGGAAGGACCGGUCACCUCGCGGAGGACAGGGUGUACGCCCAGGCCUUCCAGCCUGCACGCCUCCAUGGAGGCCAGCCAAACCAGACAGAGGCUACUUCUUGCCCAAAGACACGGGACUGGUUCACACUCAAACAGGACAACAUAUGGUGGAGCACAGCAGGGUUCACAUGGAGUUUCUUCAGAUGGAGGUGAUCAGCCCCCUCCCCACGUCCCCUGGUCUCUUUCAGCAUCAGGUACCUCCUGAGGACACUUCGCCAAGCCCAGCCCCUCAUGGGUCAGGGGGGCCUUUGCAGGUUGGGGAUCCCUUUGGGGAACGGCCCCCUGUAUUUCUCAAAGAGAGCCCGGAGCCCAGGGACCGAGUAGAGCCUGUUGUGACUCUGGACAGAGGUGAGCGCAAGGCACCUCCUGUUGCCAGCAGAAAGCGCAGAGUUGUCCUUGAAGAAGUUGAGGGGGCUGCAGCCCUGAGGUUGGGGUUCCCUUCAGGGAAGCCAAAGAUGACUCCUUUCCAGGCUGGGGGCCAGGAGGGCUCCCUGGAAGAUGUCAGCAAGACCUCAGUGGCCAACAAAAUCUGGAUCUUUGAGACCCAUGGAGCCGAAAGUCGGCGAGUGAGUCAGGGUGAAACAUGGGCCCUUCCAAAUGAGUUGUCUUCAGAGGCCUCCCCAGGGCAGGCAGAGCAGCAGCGGAAUAAGCUUUCAGACCUGGGCUUCGUCCAGCUCCAGCCCCCAGGGGAUGCCGCCGGGCCCAGUGCCACACAGUCCUCAGCAGUGUCACCCACUGCCAGACACUUCAGGGAGGGCCUUUCUACCACAUCCCACCAGGAAGGAUGCAUGGAACUCGAGCUCAUGUCUCCCGAUUCAGGCUGCGAAACCACGCUGGAGGAAGCUACUGGGGGAGCUGGCCACAACAAAUCCGGAGAUGCGGUCAGGGAAGAGACGCGUGUCACCAGUUUAGCAGCAAACCCCCCUGGGAGAGGGGGGCGCCUGAGAUUCGCCAGCCCCUCAGGCCCUCAGGUCUCUGCAGCCCCUCAGUGCCCUGGUGACCUGGCCAUCUUAGCCUGGCCAGGGUGCAUUGCUGCCCUAGACCCCCACCUGCUCUGGCAGUGCUCGUGGCAGCUCAACUCUGGCUUGUCUGAAUGUGUCCUCACACCUCUCAACCUUCCAGAAACUACCUAAAUGGAUGCUUGUUAAGCAAGGGAAUCUCUAAGUGCACUGAAUCUCUAGAACCCGAAGCCCUGUACUUUAAAAAUAUUUGGUGGGUGUUAGAUUGGUCUUAAGAAGGAGUGUCAUGAACCAGCCCCCAAUGUGUGUAUGGUGUUUAAUCCCUGACAGGCCAGGUGAGAGGUAUAUGUGUCAGACAAGAGUUGCUGGUUCCCUCCUGGCACUCCCUUGGCCUGCUCUUGUCAAUUACACUGAUGGGACCAGAACCUCCACUUCACGGCCUGCCCACCAGCCCACUUGUGGAGCUCAGGGUUGAAUUGAUGUGGCACCCAGCUCCCAGGAAUUACCCCAUAUUGGUCCUCUCUCUGGAUGAUGCUGACCUCUCCCGUGGAGUCCCAGUGGAAUUGACAAACCAUGCUGGCUUCCUCUUUGUUCCUGAAAGCUCUGGGCUCCAGCCUCUCUGCGCCCUCCCCUCCCCCCGCCUGGGUUUCCUGAUCCCUGGGUCUCCCUCCUUGGUUUCUGUUUCUCGACGCCAGCCUGCACGGAUGGGCCCGGGACCCCGGCCCCUAUCCCUGCCUUGUGCACAGCGCCGCUUCUGAUAAGCUCCCAGAUCCAAAUAUUGGGUGGAGCCUCCUACCCAGGAACC